UUAGAAAUUAGAAAUUAGAAAUUAGAAAUUAGAAAUUAGAAAUGCACGUAGUUAUUUGUGAAAACAAAAUCACAAGGGUUUGGUUUUGGUAGCCAACACUACCUGCGUCUUUCGCCUGCGCAGCGUCUGUACUCUGUCUGUUAUUGUGAGUGCGAAAUCGGGUUAGUUGGGUUGUCGGUGCGGGUCGGCAUCACAGAAAAACAUGGUUGCCGAGAUGAAUGUCCGUGAAUUGUCCAUAUCUAAGAAUGACCGUACUUCAAUGCCUGCCAUUGCCAAUUCCAAAUUCCUUACUUUGCCCACCAUCUUGACUCUUGGCCGUGUCGCCUCAAUACCUCUUUUUGUCGCCACCUUCUUCAUGGAUGGUUGGCGAGGAACAGUUGUUACUACAAGUAUCUUCACCGCUGCAGCAGUUACAGAUUGGCUUGAUGGUUAUAUUGCUCGUAAGAUGAAAAUGAAAUCUACAUUUGGUGCCUUUUUAGAUCCAGUAGCUGAUAAGCUCAUGGUUUCUGCCACAUUGGUCUUAUUAUGUACUAGACCUUUGGAAGUUGCCGUGUUUGGACAAUUACCAUGGUUAUUGAUCAUACCUUCAAUCACCAUAAUUGGUAGAGAGAUAACCAUGUCGGCACUGAGGGAAUGGGCUGCUUCCCAGGGUAGCAAGCUUCUAGAGGUUGUUGCAGUUAAUAAUCUGGGGAAAUGGAAAACAGCCACACAGAUGUUGGCGUUAAUUAUCCUCCUUGCUACGCGGGACUGCAGUCGUGGAGGACCUGCCAUUUUGGUAGGAUCUGGUGUUGUCUUGCUUUACAUUUCAGCAGGGCUUUCCUUAUGGUCAUUUGUAGUAUAUACGAGGGAAAUUUGCAAGGUGUUGCGGAGGUAGAAUGGUUGCUUGCUCUUUGCUUUCACAUGUAUCCACUUCUUUGGUGGCUUNGAUUCUUUUGAUAAUUUCUUACGUAAAAAGUUUGGUUAGUGAUUUCAUGGAAGGAAAGCACCCCUUGUGACAAACAUAUAUAUAACGUUUACUUUCAAAAAUGUCCAACUCUGCUUGCAAAGUAACACCAUUUUUCCAAUUCUUGAAAAUUGUAUUGUUUUUUUCCCGUAGUCAACCAAGGUAAAGAAAAGAAGAAACAAAGAAAAAAAAAUGACGUGUGGAUUGAAUUGGAAGAAUCCAGGUUACUAGUCAUGCAGAUCGAAUUCCUAUCUACAUUUUGGAGCCCAUUAAAGUUUGCCACACGAGAAUUUUCACUAGAGGAAUUAUUGUAUGGUUGUUAUUGACUCUUAGAUUGGUUUUCUUCNGUCUAUNAUUUGACAAUACUUAAAUACAAAAGUUAUUUUUCAGUGUCUGGUCAUGUUUGAA